GCUCUGUCUUUCUCUCUAAUCAGCCUCUUUUGGCUCUCUCUAUCGCUUCUAGCUGUAGAGAUUAUUCCAAACCUCUCUCUUUCUCUCAUUCUUCUUCCCUCUUCUUCUUCUUCCUCACCCUUCUUUGCACCACACCUUAUAUAUCUCAAAAUAAAGUUCCCAGGAAACACAAUCAUGGAGGGGUUACUAGUAGUCUUUUCUUAUUCUAUUCUUUUUGCCUUCGUUUCUGCCUCGUCCAGAAACUUCCCCAUCAUACCCUUUGAUGAGGGUUACUCGCCCUUGUUUGGGGAUAGUAACCUGGUCAUCCACAGGGAUGGGGAAUCGGUUCAUCUUUCACUGGAUGAGAGAACAGGUUCAGGAUUUGUGUCGCAUGAUCUUUACCUUCAUGGGUACUUUAGCGCUUCUAUUAAGUUGCCUGCUGAUUACACUGCUGGAGUUGUGGUUGCCUUCUAUAUGUCAAACGGUGACAUGUAUCAGAAUAACCAUGAUGAAAUCGACUUCGAGUUCUUGGGGAACAUUAGAGGCAAAAACUGGAGGAUUCAGACAAACGUUUAUGGCAAUGGUAGUACCAAUAUUGGCAGGGAGGAAAGAUAUGGUCUCUGGUUUGAUCCCACAGAUGAUUUCCAUCAGUACAGUAUUUCCUGGACUGAUUCUCAGAUCAUAUUUUAUGUGGACAAUGUUCCUAUCAGAGAAGUGACGCGAACAGAAUCUAUGGGAGGAGAUUUCCCAUCUAAGGCAAUGACACUGUAUGCAACAAUAUGGGAUGCAUCUGAUUGGGCUACGAAUGGAGGAAAAUACAGGGUUAACUACAAGUAUGCACCCUAUGUUGCCGAAUUCUCUGACCUUGUUCUGCAUGGGUGUGCAGUGGAUCCGAUUGAGCAGGUGGGAAAGUGUGAGAAUGAUGAAAAAAACACAGGUUCUGGUGUUACCCCAGCGCAAAGAAUGAAAAUGGAGAAUUUCAGAAAGAAGCACAUGACAUACUCCUACUGCUACGACAGAGUGAGAUACAAAGCACCUCCUUCAGAGUGUGUCAUCAAUUCGCAAGAAGCUGAGAGGCUAAGAAAGUUUGAUCCGGUGACUUUUGGAAGCGGUCGGCACCAUGGAAAACGACACCGUCACACCAGAGGAAGCCACACAGAAGCAGCUUCAUCAUCAUUUUAAGAGGGUUGUUCCAUUAUCCAUUCCAUCCUUUCAUUUAGUUAAAUUCCUGGGUUGAUUUUUUUGUCUGUUUUUUCUUUUUUUCUGGUGUAUAGAGAAGAGGGAAUAUAAUUCUUGAAUAUGAUCAUAGUUUUGAUAUGGUGGUGGUGGGUGUUGGUUGGUGGGUAUGUGUAUAGUUUUCAUUCACACCUUUAGGUUCCCAGGUAUUUUGUUUUUAUAAUUCAUGUCUUUUUGUUUACAAAUUAAAAUCCUUUGAUUUUGUACUUAUAUUUAGACCACACCUCAGCGGUUCAAUAAUUUAUUUAGCAUUUCAGGCAUUUAUUUUA